AUAUGCGGUUGCUGCCCUGCGUCCCCGUCCUUCUGCGCCUGCGCGUUAGAGGGUGGCGUGGGGAUUUGAAAAACAGAAACCCGCGUUAUUUUUUAACGGCGCGGUCGCCGUCGAGUGAGAGGAGGCGGCGGAGGAAGGAUGGCUAGCGGCGCUUUCUCCCUCGCGGUGCCAGCCGGAGAAGAGAGCAGCGAGAGCGACGACGACGGCUGGGUCGUCGGGUCCGCCGAGGCGACGCCUCAGAAGCACGUAAGGAAGGCCUGGGCCUGAGGCGCUUCCAGGAGGCACAAUUUCCUACUCAAAAGGCCCUUUGGGGUCGGUUCCCUUGCGUCCCUCUUACAGUCAUUUUAUUAUAUUCAGGUGUUUUGUGACCUGAAGCGCUCGAGGCAGAGCCCUUUUCUUUUGCCCCCCUUUGUAACUCGCACAACAGCCCUGUGAGGUAGGUUGUGUGGAGAGUUUCAUGGCCGAGGGCAUCUAUUUUGAGUGCCCAGAGUUUGCCACGGUGUUAUUUGGGGGGGCGGGGGGGUCACAAGCAGUUGCAAUUCGGAGUAGAUAGGGCCAGUGGAUAUUACAUUUUUUAAAAAAUGGGUUUUAUUGGAUUUUCAAAAUGUAAGUAACAGAGGCUAGAACAUGGGCGUCGCCUCUUAAAUCCUCCAAAAGUAUUUAAAAGCAAUAGAAACACUUAACAAGCUGAGGUUCUGUCCCUGCCCCCUCAGCAGAGACUUCCAGGUAUAGGGUGGUGUAUAAAUUCAAUAAAUAUAUAAUAAUGAAAUAAUAAAGCCUGCCCCGCCCCAACCAAAGUCUUUGGUUUUUUGUUUUACAUAUUAAAGGAAACGUCUGCGACCUUCCAAAAAAACUUAUAAAAUGUGACGUCCCACGCCGCCCCCCCCCCCAAAUCCUAGCUACGCCCAUGGGCUACAAUAGAGGAAUCAUAAAGCAAGAGAUACAGAAUACAGCUGUCGAGAAAAGUGGGCAAAUGGGUGCCACAACACAAUCAACAGAGUGCCCUUUAUAUUUCUCAUUUAUUUGCUUCAGUUGUGUCGAGGCAAUUCCAUUUAAUAAGCCUCCAAGGUGUAGUGUGCUGCUCUUUGAAAUUUGGUGUAGAGCCAGGUGUGCUUUACAAAAGAGAAAGAAAAAAAGUCAUUUUUAUUGGAUUUUCAAAUUAUAAGAAUAGAGGAAUUGUAAACCAAGAGUUCACAGAUUACAGUGGUACCUCAGGUUACAUACGCUUCAGGUUACAGACUCUGCUAACGCAGAAAUAGUGCUUCAGGUUAAGAACUUUGCUUCAGGAUAAGAACAGAAAUCGGGCUCCGGCGGCACGGCAGCAGCAGGAGGCCCCAUUAGCUAAAGUGAUGCUUCAGGUUAAGAACAGUUUCAGGUUAAGAAUGGACCUCCGGAACAAAUUAAGUACUUAACCUGAGGUAGCACUGUAUAGUACAGUGGUACCUCUGGAUGCAAAUGGGAUCGGUUCCGGAGCCCCAUUUGCAUCCUGAAGCAAAUGCCACCCGCGCAUGCGUGAUUAGCCGCUUCUGCACAUGCACGUGGCGUCAUUUUGAGCAUAUGUGCGAGCGCUCCGUUACUUCUGGGUCGCCACAGAGCGCAACCCGAAAACGCUCAACCUGAAGCAACUUCAACCGGAGGUAUGACUGUACAGUUAGCAAGAAAAGUGGGAAUGGAUGCUGUGACACAAUUCAACAGGGUGGGUGCACUUUACAUUUUUCACAUUUAUUUGCUUCUGAUGUGUCACAUAAUUCCAUAUAAUAAGCCUCCAAGGUGGACUGUGAGAAUAAAAUGGUAGUAGUGGGGUAAAGGUACCCUGCUCUUACGGGCCAUUCGUGUCCGACUCUAGGGUUGCGCGCUCAUCUCGCUCAAGAGACCGUGAGCCAGCGCUGUCCGGAGACACUUCCGGGUCACGUGGCCAGCGUGACGAAGCUGCUCUGGCGAGCCAGCACCAGCGCAGCACACGGAAACGCCGUUUACCUUCCCGCUAUAAAGCGGUACCUAUUUAUCUACUUGCACUUAGGGGUGCUUUCGAACUGCUAGGUGGGCAGGAGCUGGGACCGAAAGAUGGGAGCUCAUCCUGCCGCGGGGAUUCGAACCGCCGACCAUACGAUCGGCAAGUCCUAGGCACUGAGGUUUUACCCACAGCGCCACCCGCGUCCCUCUGUAGUGGGGAGAAUGUAUUAUAUUGUAAACGGCCCUGUUAUCCUCAGAUGAAGGGCAGUACAGUCAUACCUCAGGUUACAGUGGUGCCCCGCAAGACGAAAAACUCGCUAGACGAAAGAGUUUUCCGUUUUUUGAGUCGUUCCACAAGACGAAUUUCCCUAUGGGCUUGCUUCGCAAGACGAAACGUCUUGCGAGUUCUUGCGAGUUUGUUUCCUUUUUCUUAAAGCCGCUAAGCCGUUAAUAGCCGCUAAGCACUUAAUAGCCGCUAAGCCGCUAAUAGCCGUGCUUCGCAAGACGAAAAAACCGCAAGACGAAGAGACUCAUGGAACGGAUUAAUUUCGUCUUGCGAGGCACCACUGUACAGCCGCUUCAGGUUGCAUUUUUUCGGGAUAUGCACCUGCCAAAACCCAGAAGUACUGGAACAGGUUACUUCCGGGUUUCAGCGGUCGCGCAUGCGCAGAGGCGCCAAAUCGCACUUUGUGCGUGCGCAGACACUCCACUGUGGGUUGCGAACGCUGCGGGUUGCGAACGUGCAUCCCACACUAAUCAUGUUCACAACCCGAGCAUCCACUAUAUAGAAAUUUAAUAAAUAUUGUGUGCAGUCUUGAACUUGUUGUAGGGAGAACUUUGGAAAAAAGGUUGAAUAUAAGUGUAAAAUAACUAAAUAUUUAAUCACUAAACCAAUGUAGUAAUUUUCCUGUUUAGCAACUGGAUGACAUAUUGCAGUCAAAUGACAAAGAUGAAGCAUUGAAGAAAGCAUUGCUGGCUGGAAACUUGCCUGCUAUUGAAGAGCUUUUAAAUUCAGGUAAGAGUAAUGGAUUGUCUGUUUUAAUUUGAUGUGUGUAUAUAAAAUAGAUUUUGAAAGGUUUUCUGAUAAGUUGUUUUUACUAUAAGGUAAAUCUUUAUUCUUCACAUAGGUACGUAGAGGAAUCUUAUGAGCUCCUUUGAGUAAAUGUAAGGUCUUGCAAAAGUGCACUGGCGUUGCUCGCCUUUCUUUUAACCAAGAGCAAUUCCUCUUGAGUUCUACUGCUUCUCAUAGUCUCUUGACUUUUAUUGGUAGCCUGUUGGCCAUCAUGGCAGGCUGCUGUCAAAAGCAGGAAUGUGGAAACUUUUCGUUGCACGUGUAGCUCACCUGAUGUUUUAUGGAUUGGAACUAGAACAAAUUUCUUGACCAAUGGCUGAAAGUUAUUGGAUUUGCUGUUUACAUGUUGAAGGUUCCAGCUAUGUUCAUAAUACAGCACUUUAGAAAAUACUUUGAAAGCAAAUGAUUUGAAAAAUCUAGACUUAGCUAUUUAAUUAACAGAGAUUUUGAAAUAUUAUAUUGGGAAUGGAAGCUGUAAAAUGGGUGGAGAACCUCUAGCCUUAAGCUCACCAGGCCUCUUUAUUUGAGCCAUGAGGCCAUUUUGGUCAAGCUAUGCCCACCUGUCCAUUAUAUAUGAUGUCAGGUGUGGAGCGGGUAAAGAUUUGAUUAAAGGUGGUUUGGAGGCACCUGGCAAUCAUUUGCAAAGCAUUCCACAAGGCCUGCCUAUUGGCUGACAGUUGGCACUUCUUCUGCACAGUUUGGUUUCAAAUUGUGCAGGCAGAAAAGGGCCACCUGGCAUCACUGUGAUGUCUGGUGAUUAGCAGGUGGGCAAUUCCACUCAUCAAUUCUGGCCCACAUGUGUGGAAUUGAAUGCUCUGUCCCGUUGACAGAUUCAGUUCCCCACUCCUGCCACAAAAAAUAAUUUUGAGCUAUCAGGUUAAAAUAACCUGACUUCAGGAAAUACUUUUUUAAAAAAGUCAUUGAACGUGUUUCAAGUGCUGAGUGCUUUGCCUAUGUGCCAUGGGCACGCACAUUAGUAAGCUACAGGUGGCAAUGGAUUUCCAUUAUGUGUGGUGAAAUAGACAUACAUACUUAUUGAUCUAGUAGGGUACAUGCAGUUUUCUGCAUAAAUGUGAUAGUCAUUGUGAUAGCCAAGUGGUGUUCCAUCUCUGGGACGCUACUUUAUACAAACUAGAAUUAUGAAAAACUGUAGUAAAGAUGGUUAGAUAGAUUUAUAGAAUUUCCAAAAAUGUUACUACUGCUACUCAUAUAUUUAAAUACAUUUUCAAAAUGUAGUCAGUUUCUUGCUUUCUCUUUAUCUCCUCCUCUGUCUUGAAUAGGCUGCAGUCUAUGCUUGCUUAUUUGGGACUUGUUUCUGAAUAGAUAUGCAUAGAACUGGACUGUAAAAGUAUCAAGUACUGAUUUUACCAAGUUACUCGGUUUUUGAAGACAAAGCCCCACAAAAAUUUUAAAAAUACUGGGGCAUGAUUGCUGUUGAUAUGUGUGUUUUCUUUAUUGUGAAUCAAGAUUACAUUGUAGAAAUUAACACACCAGCAAAUGCUGAGAAGUCUUCGUAAUUCUGAAUUGCUAAUGACUGAAUCCAGUAAUUCUGGGGUAUUGCAACAUAAGUUAGGAAUGAUGUAUUAACCUGUUAUCAUACUUCUUCCCAAGUGUCAAAAAUGUUGAAAUAUUCUAAGAUAAGAGUUUUUUUCAUGGAACUUUAUCUUAAUCUCCUAAGGUACUACUUCACCUUUUCAACUUGAGGGCUUUCUAUCCAUAAAAAUAGCAGCUUUCUUGUAAGUAAUGACUUCUCAGCCAAUAAAUACUCUUAGUCCAAUAAGAGAAGAUAAAGAGAUUACGUAACUUUCUCCUCUUCUAUGCUGACUUCAAGCUUUAUUUGUGGACCAUUUUCUUCAUAGCGUCAAAGCCUAGCUAGUCAAACAAAAGAUGCUGGUACAUUUUGGAACACGACUAUUAUUUCUACUAGCUUGUAGAAAUAACAUGAAGAGAGCAAAGGUUCUCAAGGAGCUCAGCAACUUUCUAGUGAUUGUCCAAAUGAUUGUGAAAUAUGAGUGCAUAUGACUAUGUGCAAGUGGCCUAGGGCACUAGUCCUCAACUAGUGCGUCAAGACCCAGUACUGGGCCUUAGCCUGACCUAAUGUGAAUCACAGAAGCAGCACUGCCACCAAACAAAUCCCCAAAUGCACAUUGGGUUACAGGUGGGUCUCUGGUCUGAAAAAGCUGAAGUUCUUCAGCUGUUGGUCCUCAGAUGUUGUCAAAGAACAAUGCCCAUUAUUCCCAACUGGCUGAGCAACAAUGGUCAGGGUUGAUGGAAAUUGUAGUCUAACAACAUCUGGGGACCAAAGGUUGAAGAAAGCUGGUUUAGAAUCACCUUGUAUAUCAAACUAGAAAAGUUGCUUCCAUGAUUUAUCUGUCUUAUUUAUUUAUCUAUCUGUCUAUCUAAUUGCGUUCUACUAAGCUGGCCGAUGGAUGAGGGACAAAAGAGUUUUGCCUCUGCUGGUCUGCUUCAUUUCUGUGCUAGCCAUGGAGGUGGGCAUAUUGCUUCUUGCAUGGUCAUCCUGGAAACCAGGGAGGUUUGAUGAGGAGAGACAGGGUCUGUCACCUGCUACCCCUUGUGCUCACCUUCAUGGAAUUAGAAUAGAGAUACAAGGAUGAUCCAGAGAAAAUAGCUAUAGAUCUCUGUACCUAAACCCCUUAGUAAAAGUGAUUUAAAGAUUAUUUUUUGUUAAGUUUUAUGUGGAGGAUUCCAUGUGGCUAAAAUGUUAUUUUUGCUGGUUCCUGCAGGUAAUUAGUAUUUAACAUUUAUAAAGUAUCUGUAAUUUUCUAAGUGAUUAUAAAUGAGUAAAUAAAAAAUAAGAGAGUGUCUGCUUCCACAGUCACAGUGUAAAUGCACAAUGCAAAAAGGAAUGGAUGGAAGAAAGCUAGCAUUGGAGCAGGUUCUUCUACAUUAGCUGAUUGGUGCGGCCAGAGUGAUCUCCCCCUUACCAUGCUGAUCUUCGUAGGAGACAGGAUGUGCUGCCCAGAUCACCUGACUGGUGGCAGAAUCCAGACAAUGUCUCAAAUUCUAUUGUGCCAGGCAAUGUAAUCUGAUGAGUUGAAUUUUAAUAACACCUUGAGAGAUCUAGAAUACCAAGUGCUGCCAGUGAUAUAAAAAUGUGACUUUGUUUUCAUACUUGCAAUAGCGGAGAUGGGUAAGGUCAGAUCCUGGGGGCACUCUCACCUGAGCUUUUGUCAGGUGUUCUUGCUGCUAUUGCUCUGGGCAAAGGGUAGAGUUCUGAGACAGUGGAGUAGAUAAUGAUGCAUAACAGGGGUGGGGAACCUCUAGCCCUCCAGUUGUUGUUCUCCAGGUCCCACCAACCCUAGCCAGCAUUGCUAGUGGUCAGGGUUGAAGAGAGUUGUAGUCCAGCAAAAUGUGAGAGAGGGCACAGGUUCUAAUACAUAAAGUCUUUUCCCCAGCCUUCUUGAUAAUAGUAUUAGGAAAGGCAAAAUAUUGGGGCCAGAUAUUCUUCAGAGUACUUUCCCUGCUCCAACAGGUAUUUCAACCACCUCUACUGCCAUUGAUCUCUGCAUCUAAAGACUGCAUACUGAAUGGCUUUUGCCGAGCUCUGGAAUUUGUAUCUAAAGUCUCUGAAGAGAGUAGUACAAUGUAUGAGUCUCUGUUUUAUUAACUGUGUAUACUCUUGCAUAUAUAAAAUCAUUGCAGGUGUAAGUGUGGAUUCUACUUUUAAGUUUGGAUGGACUCCUCUGAUGUAUGCUGCAAGUGUCUCAAAUGUGGAACUCAUGCAAAUCCUUCUGAACAGAGGUUCAAAUGCAAGCUUUGAUAAGGGUAAGCCUUAGUAAAUCAGCUAUUCUUAUAAGCAUUUGUUUUAGGACUUCAGGUAUGCAGGUGGAAAUCCAGCAGGAGUGUGGGGGCUAUCCAGUGUAUUGUACAGAAUGUUACAUGUAUGUUACAUCUGUCUGCCGGACAGAAACUCUGGGUGUGUGCUCGGUACAAUGAGCGCCUCAUUUUUUGUUCUUUUGAGGCCAAAGGCAGAGAGGUUGGUGGAUGAGGCCUUCAGAGACAUGAUAGUGAUAUCCCACUCCCAGGGUUGACACUUCCUCCACUGUCAUGGUGAGUGAGACUGGAAACCCAGUCAGAUGAGUGGGGUACAAAUAAUAAAAUUGUAUUAUAUUUCAGGGAAGGAGGGAAUCUAGUUCCAAUAUGGGAUGAGGGUGAAAAAGUUUGAUUGCCCAAAUGGGGAAAGGGCAGAAGUAGGCAUUGAAAAUGACAGCAGUUCAAGGAGUCUGGAGUGCUGUAACUUAAAAACACACAUAUCAGAAAUAUUUGGAAAAUUUCAUUUCAUUAGGAAGGGGUGUUGAAAAACCAGCCAAAGCUGGAAAGAGGCACCUCUCGACACUGAUGCUACCUGCUUAUCUGACAAGUGCCAUAUAAUGGAGUACCCUCUAAGCUAUAAAUCUGAUUUUAUCCAAAACUGGUUGUAAACACAAGGACAAAAAACUAUAUGGAGUAUUUUAACAUAUUUAUGGUUGUUCAGGUACAAUAAAAGAACAUAGUUUUAAGUAAGUAUUAAAUCUAGCAACCUGUAGUUGAGUUUAAAUAUGCAUUUAAAGUUUACACUUUACAUUUCAAAUUGAGACCAGUAGGAAAUUUCCCUUGAAAUUUAAACAAAUUUAAUGUUAUGAAUUCUCCAUUUCCAAUUAAAUGCAGUUGGUGCUUUCUGUGUGUUGUGCUUGUAACGAGCAUUGGUCUUUGCACAUUUUUUUUACCGUGUCUGGUUAUUGUGUUUUAUUAUAGGAAUCAUUGAUUCUUUGUAUAAUUUACAUUUAGAUCAAUAUACAGUAUUGAUGGCUGCAUGUACAGCACAUACUUCAGAAGAGCAGAUUUUAAAGUGUGUAGAACUGCUUCUCUCAAGAAAUGCUAACCCUAAUGCUGCUUGUAGGUAAGCAAACAACAUUGUCUCCAAAUUUCUGACUUAUAGUCAUUUUUAAUUGAACUUGUUCUGUCAUGUUUACUACCAAUAGAUAACUUUUGAGUAGGUCUUUGGCCUUCACUCUCUGAUAUGUACUACCAAUGUUUCUGUUUGCUGACAGCGCCUUAUGUGGGUACUGUUUUCUCCUAAACCUUUUCUCCUCUUCUGAAGUAGCCCUCCAAAUGGUUUUGUAAUAUUUGUUAACUAUUUGCAUUGAGAAACUCGAUAAAAGAUUUGAACUUACUUCAUUGUAUUGGCUAAACUUUGCUGUUGAUCCAGUAAGCAAACUAAUUUUUCAGCAUGCAGUGUUUUGCUGCAGAAGAACAGGUUUGAUUGAGGACUAGAAGCUCAAUGUAUUUUGAAUGUUACAUCCACUUACAAUGUUCGUUGUGUGGAAGAUAUUUCUUUCAGAGCUGCUGCUUUCUAGUUUCUCAAAUACUAUAAAAACACUAUCUUGUGCAAUUUUCCACUCCUCUUGAAAAGUAAACUAUUUUCCUAAGCUAAAUAGUUAUAACAUUGGCAGUGACAAUAUCUUAGACCUGAGGAGUGAACAUUUUCUAUAACUGUUCCACUAAAGCAGAAAUAGCGCUCCAGAUGUUUUUGUACCAAAACUCCCCUCAUCCUUGACUGCUGGCUGAUGGGGGUUGGAGUCCAGCAACAUCUGGACAGCUACCCCUGUUUUAAAGCCUUCCAUGACUCACCACUGUAUUUUGAAAAGAAUCUUACAUUUACUUAACAGUGGUACCUCGGGUUACAUACGCUUCAGGUUACAUACACUUCAGGUUACAGACUCCGCUAACCCAGAAAUAGUGCUUCAGGUUAAGAACUUUGCUUCAGGAUAAGAACAGAAAUCAUGCUCUGGCGGCGUGGCGGCAGCAGGAGGCCCCAUUAGCUAAAGUGGUGCUUCAGGUUAAGAACAGUUUCAGGUUAAGAACGGACCUCCGGAACGAAUUAAGUACUUAACCCAAGGUACCACUGUAUUAAUUUCCACUAGUUUUCAGGCAUCUUGGAGACUGUUGUCAGGCAGGAUAUAAAUAUUAGUGUAUUUGUUUGGUAUGGAAAUCUCCCAUCUGUUCAGAGCUUAUCUCUUGCUGGACACAGCCAAUUCGCUCGCCUUGCAAGAAAGUCCACUAAUGUUAUGAGACUUCAAGAUUGCACUAACCUUUCUGCCCACAUGUACACAUGUACUGUCAUUUGCAGUGAGUCAGAAGUGAGGAAGGUGGAGAGACAAUUUUUUCCCUUCCAAUUUAUAAAUAUUUCCCUGCCUACUUUCAUGACAGUGAUACCUCCUUAUCACAGCUUACCAGGCAAUUGACUAGUUCUUGGUGUUAACAAGCCCUCAUUCACACUGACCCACAUUGGUACAAUGGUACCUCGGGUUACAAAUGCUUCAGGUUACAGACUCCGCUAACCCAGAAACAGUACCUCGGGUUAAGAACUUUACUUCAGGAUGAGAACAAACAUUGCUGCGCAGUGGGAGGCCCCAUUAGCUAAAGUGGUACCUCAGGUUAAGAACAGUUUCAGGUCAAGAACGGACCUCCAGAACGAAUUAUGUUCUUAACCAGAGGUACCACUGUAGUUGAUUAUCUGUAACACUGUUUUAUUAUCUACCCACUGCUGAGGAGAACUUUACACAAUCAGAAAUCCAAGGGAGCAAGGGAAUAGUAAAAUUCUUUCUACUCUGUGGAUGGACAAUACAGGUGACCAUGUGGUUAUGUGCUUACUAUAGUAAACAGUUACCUUUUGUUAAAUGCUCUUUUUUCGCCCCAAUCCCCCAAACCACAGAGGCUUAUUCUCUUGGCUGUUCAGUGGCUUCUGGGCAGUGAUAGAUUUCCUUUGGGAAAAAGUACCCCAGCCCGCUGAGACCUUUAAUGCCCACCCAUCACCACCUGGACUCCACCCUAAUAUUAGCAUUGCCAGACCUCUCCAAGAGCACCUUUUUGUUGCUGGUAAGAUUCUCUGUAAGCAGUAGGUUUGGUAACUGGUCAUGGACGGUUUGGGUAUCGAGGCCUAACUUGCCUUCCCUCCGUUGUUGUCUCCUCUUUGAACUUGAGGAGCAUGCACUCAGAGUCUCUGUCUUCAUUUUCCCCUGAAAGAGCCUCAAGUAGUGGCUGUUUUACUUAGGGCAUCUUUGGCAUUGUAGAUACUUUAUUGGUCCAAAUAUAAGCCACACUUUUUUCCCCAAAUUCUGACCAUGAAAAGUUAAAGUGCGGCUUAAAUUCAUGACCUGACAAAAAUGGGCUUUUACGAUAUCGCUCCCGUCUCGUCCACAGCUCCCCCAGCCUCCCCCAAAGCUGGUUAGGAAAGAACGUGGGGGAGGGGGAAGACCGCUGGCACCGUAGCACGGUUUCCCCUCAGCCCGUGAUGCUGCCAGGAAUGCGGGGAAGCAGCCCCUGCCCACAGCUUCCCCACCCUUCCCCCUCCGGCCGGGAAAGGGAGGAAGCAGGGAAGGGGGAAGGCUCCCCCCCUGCCCAGUAUGCAGCCAGGAGCACAAGACAAACACACUAGGAGCAUGGGAAAGCAGUGCUUGCCCCGCGCAUAGUCCUCCGUCCUCUCCCCCAAGGCUAGGAAGGAGGAAGCCAUCAGCAACGCAGCGCCCGCCCGCCCAGAAUGCAGCCGGGGGUGUGGGCAAACUGCCAGGAGUGUGGGGAAGCAGCGCCCGCCCUGCAUGCAGUCCCUAGUCCUCUCUCCCCAGGUUGGGAAGGGGGAAAACCACCAGCAACGCUGUGUGGCUCCCCCUGCCCAGCAUGCAGCCAGGAGCGUGGCAAGCGGCACCAGGAGCGUGGUGAAGCGGCGCCCGUCCUACCCGAGGGACAUACUACGGGUCCUCUUUACUUUAGUACCCGUAGGAUUUUCUUCUACAUUUGCCAUUUACCGAUGUGGUUGCCUGUGAAAUUUUAAGGGAGCGCCUUCGGGUAUUCCCCCCCCCCCCUGAAUUUUAAAGCUGCUGCUUAUUUGCGGGUGCAGCUUAUAUUUGGGCCAAUAUGGUAGCUGUUGUCUGGCCUUAGCACCAUUUCUCAUUGCUCAGGUGCACCAUCCAAGAUGCAUCUGGGGAGCCCCAAAGUGUGCUGCACCCUUUCCAGCUUCACUCCCAUGACCAGAAAACAGGCAUUGUUCGGUCCCUGCUCCUGCCAACCUAGCAGUACUCUGUAUUUUCAGUGCAAAUUUCAAGUAAAUGGGUAAUGGGGACCGUGUAUGGCUUUUUGUUGUUGUUGAUAGCUUGGUUAAUGUUUGAGAUUUUUAUCUAGUUACUUAACACAUUAAAAUUUAACAGAAUAUAUUUAUUGUUGCUGAUAGUAUCAUGCCAGCUCUACUGUGUUAUUUCAGUGGCCUUGGUUUUAUUAUAUGAUAGUUAACUUUGUUUAAUGACACAUCUAACUACAUCUAUAUAGCCUGGGAAAAGUGUUGCAUUUAUCUUUUAGGUAAUAAAUCCUACUAUCAAUGACACCAAAGCAGAAAUACAGAACAGUUAUCAUAGUAUACGUCUUUAAUCUGCUCCCUAGAAGAAAAAUAUCAGCCAUAAGUUUGAAGGGUUUAAACAAUACUACAUGUAUUUAAUCUUGUUACCUUUUUAGAGUUCCUUAUUCAUGAUAUGUAACCUCUGGAAUCAAUACAUAAAUUCUUAAAUCCAUUCGAUGUACAUAAAUGUCAUGUGGGAGAGAAUUCUAACGUGUUCUCCCUCCCUAUUGAACUUGAGUCAACCCAUAUUACUCAAGAGUCAACCCCCCUUUUAGAGGGUGACUAAUUGCAGAAUUAGUCCCCUCCUGGCAAAUAGAAGGGGAAGAAAUUGAGGCAGUGAGAGAUUUUACUUUCUUGGGCUCCAUGAUCACUGCAGAUGGUGACAGCAGUCAUGAAAUUAAAAGACGCCUGCUUCUUGGGAGAAAAGCAGUGACAAACCUAGACAGCAUCUUAAAAAGCAGAGACAUAUAGCCUGGGAAAAGUGCAUAUACCUUGCCGACAAAGAUCCGUAUAGUUAAAGCUAUGGUUUUCCCAGUAGUGAUGUAUGGAAGUGAGAGCUGGACCGUAAAGAAAGCUGAUCGCCAAAGAAGUGAUGCUUUUGAAUUCUGGUGCUGGAGGAGACUCUUGAGAGUCCCAUGGACUGCAAGAAGAUCAAACCUAUCCAUUCUUAAUGAAAUCAGUCCUGAGUGCUCGCUGGAAGAACAGAUCCUGAAGCUGAGGCUCCAAUACUUUGACCACCCCAGGAGAAGAGAAGAUUCCCUGGAAAAGACCCUGAUGUUGGGAAAGAUGGAGGGCACAAGGAGAAGGGGAUGACAGAGGACGAGAUGGUUGGACAGUGUUCUUGAAGCUAUGAACAUGAGUUUGACCAAGCUGCGGGAGGCAGUGGAGGACAGGAGUGCCUGGCGUGCUCUGGUCCAUGGGGUCACGAAGAGUCGGACACGAUUAAACGACUAAACAACAACAAAUUGCAAAAUAAAAAUGCUUUGCAGACAGAUUCUGCAAGGAUCCUCACUGCCUAAUGCCACACCCUGAUUGGGCCCCCAAUAUUGUUUCCUUAAUGCUUAACUUAGAUGCUCAUCAGGCUCUCAGCCUUCAUAAAGCUACAUUACAGCACCUGAUAGGAGCCCUCCUCUAUACAGUAUAGUACUUUGAGUCAGAAUGAAUUCAUAGAGAACGGGCAGAGCACAGCACAUAUCUGAGUGGCAGUACUAUAAAACAAUGGCUAUUGAUAUCAAUGAAACUUGGUACAUUAUUUGCAGGGAUCUCUUGUGCCAUCUUAGUUCUUUUGAGUUCGCAAAGAAAACAUUUCUUUUUGUGUAGUUUCCAUUGCUUUAUUGAUAAUGCUGAACUAUUUUAUCACUGGAGCUGAGCCAAUAACACUUAACUGUUGGAACCUUUGGGCUUAGUAUUGAACUUGAAAGAGUGUUAAUCCUCUUCGGUUAUAGGUUACAAGUUCUCCAAAAAGGGAGCUUCCUUUCUUCUUCGCUUUCAGAUUGUGCAUCUACUUCACAUGCAGAAGCAAUUCAAAGGGAAAAGGGAGACAGACAGACAGACAAACUACAAAGUAUGUGGUAUAGUGAUAUUUGGCUUGUUGUCUUGAUUGAGCCUAAAAGAAAUUCUUGUGUGUUUGUUCGCAGUUAAGUGUCAAUUAAAUAUUUUCCUUUAAAUUGCUUCUUUGUAACUUUGAAAGCUGUUCUACUGCAUAGUUAUUUUUCACCUUUCUUGAACAUACAGUAAAUGGGGUCUGCACUGAGAGACAUCCCAGGCAUAAUACGUGAUGACUUCAAAGUUGAAAAGAAGAGGUUUCUUUUUUUUGUCAACCUGGAAAUCAUCUGUGAUGUGAGAUAAAUUUUACCUAGCAAUAAAACAUUUAUCAUAGAUGUGUAAAUUCUAUUGUAAUAACAAUAGACAUUUAAUACAUUACCUUCAUUCCUGAAGACCCCUAAUCAAUCCAUGAAUAGCUACCUAAAUUUGAGAUUGAAAUCUUGUCGCUCAUAACUUUUUUUCUUACUUUUUAAGAUCAGUGACCCAGUUAGUAUGUAAAAAUAAGCCAAACCACGGCUAAGUAUGAACACACAAGUGUGCAGGUUCUCACAACAAAAAGUGUGACCGCUUCAUUCCUCCCCUAGUCUUGCUUCUGGCACGCUACCCAGAGCUAAGCCAUGGAUUAGUGUAUUGCUACAUAUGAACCCAGACAAACCACAAUCAAUAAGCCAAGAACAAAAUAGUUCAUGAUUUGUCUGGAGCAAGAAAAUCACAAACCCUCGUUCAGAUGUAAUGCUGAAGCCAAACCAUGUGUAUGUCAAUUUGCAAGUCACCCAGGAAACUCUCAUUAAAAUUCAAACAAAACAGGGAAGUCAGUGGAACCUACUCACAAACUAAACUUGAGUUGGAUUGUCUUUAAAAGGAGGCCCAUGAAAUUUGUGAGUAGACUUGAAUGGGACCUCCCUGCUCCAUUUGGUUUUUGUGUCUUCCAGGUGAAGUGCAAACUUACUUAUUACAAACUUCCAUUUGUAAUAGUUGCCUGGUUGCCAGACUGAAAAGUCCUGUAGUAAUCUACUAAAUUACUUAGCUUCAGGAAUACAUUUUAGAAAUUGUCCCAAAUGUGAAAAAUGAAAAGUUGCAGAACAUUCUGCAAAAUUUGCUACCAUACUUGUCUAGCAUCUGUUGCCAUCUUGUGGUGGAACUGUUAACUCUCUACAGAAUGAAAAUAUUCUGAGGGUAAAAAAAUGCACCCCUCCCCAGUGCUUGACCUAAAUCUGCUUGCCUUUGGAGGCCAUUGUCCUUUACCAACGUUCAGUGGAUACAUGGAUGGUUGUGUUCCAUCUUUCUUGAAAUUCUAGUUAAUAUUUGAAAGCUCAUAGUUUGCAUUGGUUUUCUUUGUACAUAGUUCCUUUGAGUCGCUUCAAGGUUCUCUUCCUUUGACUAUGGUACCAACAAGUGAUACAAUGCCUUAUCAGAUGACGUUUUAUACUAUCUUCAAGUAGACUAGUAUUACAUCCCACUGUUGGGAUGGUGAGUCAUUCCUAUGCGUAACAGUUCCUAUUGUUUAUUGUUCAGCUUCAUUUUAUUGUUAGUAGCUGACGUCUCAAGUAUAUUGCAGCAGCUUAAAAGGCUUACUAAGAGCAUAAAACCUGCUGGAUCAGACUAAAGGUUUUAUCAGUACAUAACAUCCUGUUUUCUUUAGUGGUUAGCCACAUUAGCCAUAUUUAUGGGAAACCUAUUUUUCAUGACUUGGCUAAUCUUAUUUUAAAGCAAUUUAACCCUGUUUCCCUCUACAUCAUAUGGCAGUGAAUUCCAUAAGGUGAUUAUAUGCUUGCAUGAAAAAGUACUUUGUAUGCUGAAUGUACAAAUCUGCCUUAGACUAAGUCAGACUACUCACUCUCCCACCUAGCUCUGUAUUUACUAAUGUACAGGCACCUUCCCAUUUGUGCACUGUCAACAUAUGUGCGGCCUCUGACAUGUGCAGCAUUUUUGACAAAGAAAAACAUAAGCAAUACCACACCUUGUAUGCCAAAUCCAUGCGAUCUCUAAUAAUGAGAAAGGUUUCACAUAAUAUAGUACAGCUGAACGUUCGAAGCCAACAUAAGACCACAACUGUGUUGGUACUCCAGAAUCAAAUAGGGAUCAUUUUGGGUUGAGAUCAUGCCACAGCAUUAUUGGAAUUGUAUUAUAUAAAAUACCAACUUGGUGGCUACCUAUGGGGUUACUGCAGAGACAAAAGAUCAAGGAAAAACUACAGUCUGAAAAUUAUUGUUUGUUUAAUACAAAUGCCACUCCUGAGGGCAUUGUAGGAAGGAAGCUGUCAUUUAAAACAUCAAUGUUGUUUAGUCGUUUAAUCGUGUCUGACUCUUCGUGACCCCAUGGACCAGAGCACGCCAGGCACUUCUGUCUUCCACUGCCUCCCGCAGCUUGGUCAAACUCAUGCUGGAAGCUUCACGAACACUAUCCAACCAUCUCGUGUGGUGUAGUGGUUAAGAGCGGUAGUCUCCUAAUCUGGGGAACCGGGUUCGCGUCUCCGCUCCUCCACAUGCAGCUGCUGGGUGACCUUGGGCCAGUCACACUUCUUUGAAGUCUCUCAGCCCCACUCACCUCACAGAGUGUUUGUUGUGGGGGAGGAAAGGAAAGGAGAAUGUUAGCCGCUUUGAGACUCCUGAAGGGGAGUGAAAGGCGGGAUAUCAAAUCCAAACUCUUCUUCUUCGUCCUCUGUCGUCCCCUUCUCCUUGUGCCUUCCAUCUUUCCCAACAUCAGGGUCUUUUCCAGGGAGUCUUCUCUUCUCAUGGGGUGGCCAAAGUAUUGGAGCCUCAGCUUCAGGAUCUGUCCUUCCAGUGGGCACUCAGGGCUGAUUUCCUUAAGAAUGGAUAGGUUUGAUCUUCUUGCAGUCCAUGGGACUCUCAAGAGUCUCCUCCAGCACCAUAAUUCAAAAGCAUCAAUUCUUUGGCGAUCAGCCUUCUUUAUGGUCCAGCUCUCUCCAUACAUCAAUUCCAAAACAUCAAUAGUGGUGAGGUAAAACAAAACUGAAUCAGGAAGUGGUCGUGUUGGAUUGAUAACCUAAAAAUGUAAGAAGCCCACAAGUGUAUAAAGAUCUGUUGCGUAAGUAGGUACCAAGCAUUAGAUUUAGAAUAAAUCUGCACUGCUAUGUCCUGAACAAGUAGAGUGUAUCAUGAGUUUGGAAAUAAGUUUUCUAGGCUUAUGGCUAGAAAAGCGAGCGUAAUCAAGUGGCUAGAAUAGUAGAUGACAAAGGUGGGAUUCAUUAUGACUCAAAUCUCCAAUGACUGCUCCUUUGUCUCCAUCCUACAUUGUUUCAUGUUUCAGACUUCAUGAUAGAUCACUAAAUCACAAUGUUUAGCUGGUGAUAUAUCACGAUGCUGAGAACCAGAUAUCACCUAGUCCUAGGUGCUUUCCUAAGGUAAAUAAUAUUGGGGAAGUGACAUUAAUAUUGAGACUUGUUUUGUACUUCGGGAAACUGGUGGUGACUGGAGUGGAUUAGGGAUGGGGUACUGGAUCUAGCUGUUCGCCCAUGCUCAGCAGGUCAUUUUGACAAGUGAGUUGAAACGUAUGCCCCCUUUUUUUUCCUUUGUAGCUAUCUAGGUGAUUCACUUUUCCUUUGUAAUUAGAAAGGAAGCUCCAAGCCCAGCCAAGUGGUUACUGUUGAUCAGUACUGAUGUCAGGGUCUAGUUUUGCAGGGAUUGGCUGUACUGCUGAGUUCUCCAGUGACCUUGGUUAGCACCUAUUAGGUGACAGGCAGUACCUUCAAGCCCCACAUUCUGCUGAACUUGGCUAUGCUACAGAAUCCCCUGGGGAACUGAUACCAACUGAUUGGUGGUGACAGCAAGCUUCUCUUGCCAGUGCACAAUCCAAAAUACACCUUAAGGCUCAUAAUUAUACCUUAGCAGUGAUGUGUCUCGCAUAGGCCAUCAGGUGUGGGGCAUGUGGGAAAAGUUUUGGGGAAACAACCUUGUGGACGAAAUCGGGAGCUUCUCUGGACCUGAUUUGGCCUACAAACCGAAGGUACACCAUACUUGGGCUAGACAAUUUUUAAGUGCCUUGUAGUAUGUGCGGUGAUGUGGGUUUUGUGGAGAUUUUUGAACUGGAAAAUUUUGCAGAACAUUUUCUUGCACAGUGUUCUUAAAUUGCUCUGGAGAGUCAUCUAAUUUAUCGUAUUCAUCUUCCUUCUGUUUAGUUAACAAAGAUAAAAUUUUGAAAUGGCCAAACUUUCAUAAUGCAUCAUUUGAAAUGACAACCCAUGCCUUCAUUGUUAAUGAACUUAGGAAAUGGCUAUUUCCUCAAAGCAUUUGUGUAUUUCAAAUGUACUUGAAGGUACAUUUGAUCCAGCCAAGAUCCAAACUUACAUUGGUGUAAUCCUAUUUAUUUUUAACAAUGAGAUGAUAUCAUUGUAACUGAUGAGGGGUCAUUUUGAAUUCUUACGACAAAUGCUAUGGUUCAACUAUUUGCUCUUCUGUGGAUAAGCGUUUUCUUUUUCUGUGGUACAUGUUUUGAUAAAUCAAGAAUAGGAUUGUGACCUUUUCCCUAUUUUCUCUUAUAAAUGUUACCUGGGAAUGAAGACUUGAGCAAGUCCAUUUGAUAGCAUUUUUGAAAGAAGUGCAGCCUCUAGUGGUUUGUAAGAUGGUUAACAAGCCAUGCUGUGUUUUUUUAUAUGUAAUUCCAUGAAAAUGUUAAUAUACAGACCCAUUUUUCAUUGUCAUAUAUAAUUAACCUAUACUAUAUUAUUUUAAAUAUAAUUUCCCAUAGUUUCAUUAUCUGGCAACAGUCUUCCAAAAUAGCAUUCUACACACAAGAAAACCAAACAAAAGCAUGGCACACAAUAUGACUCAGAAUUUCUCUUAUUUCCCCCCCUAAAGUUCAAUUAAAGACCUUUCCAAGAAAAUAGACAAUAGGUUAAUGACCUUUAUUGUAUUGAUAGUUGACAAGAAAUUUUACAUUAGGAAUAAAAGCAGAUGAGCUUAGGAUAAUAAAACUCAAAUGUGUUACAUUGGUCACAAAAACACACACUCCCCUUCCCCACAUAAAUGAAAAGAAAAACUCUAUAUGUUUUAAGUUUAUUCUCCUUUUUGAUGAUCUUAACAUUAAGAAAACGUGAUUAUAUGUUACUUUAAAUGUAUUUUGCAUGCAACAUUUAUUGUGAUCAUUGUAACACUGCAAUGUGCAACUUGCAUAAUAUCAGCAGAUGUGGGGCGGGGAUUGAUUGUUUAGCACUGGGUCCCUGUGUUGUGCAAGGCUCCUGACAACCAGCUGGUUGUUGUGUGCUUUUGUAGCUGCACAAAACAGUUUUGGUCAAGCCCUGCUCUUACUUGCAUGAUAUCAGGUGUUGAGUGGGUAACCCUGGCUUCAUAGGACAAAUGUGGAUGCCUGGCAGGCCAAGAUUGGCCCAUGGGCUAGAGCAGUGAUGGCGAACCUUUUAGAGACAGAGUGCCCACACUGCAACCCCAAACCCACUUUUUUAUCGCAAAGUGCCAGCACGGCAAUUUAACCUGUAUAUCUCAUUUUUUUCUGCGUGUUUCAUGUUUCUUCUUUAUGACUGCUGUUGUAAUAAAUAGUCAUUCGUAAAAGUUAUUGCAUUACAUUUUUCAUUAAAUUAUCUUUCCAUUGGUAAAUAAUUUUAUGGUAUAACUGCUUUUUUAAAAAAAAAAAAGUUUAGGGGUAUUCUCAUUUUGACUCAAGAAAAUCACCGGGGCGGGGGGGAAGAAAUACAGUUCAAAUUGGGGAAAAUAAAUACAGUUAAUUUCUUCUGUGAAAUUCACAAAACGUUUAGGAGUAUGCGUACCCCUGCAUCCCCACAGAAAAAAAAGCACUGGUAUUACUCCAAAACAAAGCAGUGUUAGGAGCUAUCAAACCUCGGAAAUACGUUUUUUCCAGAAGGUUCCACAAUUCUGGCCAUUGGUGUACACUGGCGGGUUGUACUAAGAGCCACCCUCCCAAUUUUUAAUAUGAGAUAAGAAUGAUUGCGUGCGCACAUACAAAUACAGUGGUACCUCUGGAUGCGAACGGGAUCCGUUCUGGAGCCCCGUUUGCAUCCUGAGCAGAACACAACCCAUGUGCGCAGGUCGCGAUGCGCUACUUCUGCACAUGCACGUGACGUCAUUUUGAGCGUCUGAGCAUGUGCGAGUGGUGAAACCCAGAAGUAACCCGUCCUAUUACUUCCGGAUCGCCGCAGAAUGCAACCUGAAAAUGCUCAACUUGAAACUACUUUAACCCGAGGUAUAACUGUAAAUAUAAAUAAAUAAAUAAACCUAGCCAGAUGGACGGGGUAUAAAUAUUAUUAUUAUUAUUAUUAUUAUUAUUAUUAUUAUUAUUACUAUUACUAUUAUUAUUAUUACCCGUUUCUUUGGCUGCUGUUUGAUCUCAGCCUCCACAGAAUGAAUUUCUCCGUUGGCUUCCACGGGAAAGCCCAGCGAACAUGUAAACCCAGCAGCCCCUUCUUAGGUUGCUGUCUUUAUAUGAUUACUGACCUGGGAGUUAAACCCUGCUGAACUCAAAACAGCUUACUCCUGAUUAGGAAAAACAGACUGGCAGGAGGCCCUGGCGUAUCAAAAGUCAAUGCCUGCUCAGCCCCUCACUCGCUUGCUUGCCAGGCCCUGGUGCCGCAGGUUUUGGAUGAUGCAAGAGCCCUCCUCUCCUCCUCCCCCACCCCUGGCACAGAAACGACAGCCCUGCUGGGGCGACAGCACGAGUGCCCUCUCUGGCACAAUGUGCCAUAGCUUCGCCAGCACUGAGCUAGAGGUUUCCCUCCCGUACUCUAGAGCCGUGGUUCCUAACAGGGGGCACAUGCCCCACAGGGGGCAAUUUGAUUUUUAAGGGGAGCAAUUCGAGAAUGAAAUGACUUUUUGGACUUCCUCCAUGUGAAUAGGAGUUUGCUUUUUGAAUAAUAAGAAUUAUACGUCAUCAGGAUUUUAGAUGAUUUUAGAGAUGCCUAGGUGGGGUAUGACCAAAAAACAAAAGGUUGGGAACAACUGUUCUAGAGACACAAAAAUUCCUCUCCGGAACUGGUCUCUUGCCUCACCUCAGGGAACAGUAUAACCAUGUAAAAGGGUGAAGUGUAAAUGACCGUUUAACAAAAUUUAAAAUGAGUACCACAAACAAAGAAAAUAAUGUCUCUAUGGGAAAUGUGAUUAUUCUGAAAUAAAAUGCAGAAGCAGUAACAGCCCCUGAAAGUCAGUUGGCAACUUGGUUAUUGUUGAGUUUAAGAUUGAGAAAUUGAAAAGAAAAUUCGUUGGUGAUGCUGUAAGAUAUUUAUCAGUAUGAAAUCCUUUUCAUAAAAAGGGCUUCUGUGACAUUUGUCUUACCUGCAAAUGGUGAUAAAUGUUAGAUUGAAAAUAAACAAAUCAGAGUGUUGCUACAGCUAAGUGUAACUUGCUUUGAACUUUACAACUUCCCACGUGGACUUGAUGCUGACCUGCAACUUGUGAAUGCAUAGUAAAGUGCUAUGUGCACAGGGUCUUGUUUUGGUGGCAUUUGUUUGUGGGUGUCUAUUAAUGAAUUGUCACAAUAUACUUUAACGAUGUACUUUGAUCACAGGUCAUUUGCCAGAAAACUUUUCCCCAUUCAGUUUACAGUAAACAUAACCAUAAGUUUGACACUUGCCCAUGAAACAUUAGCUCUUUGUAUAUAUUGCCGCAGGUGGAUUUUUAAAACAUUCAUACUUUUAGAGAAAAUGCUUAUCCAAGUUACAGAUAAAUUCUUGAGGUUGCAAAACUGUUACAUUAGUAACAUAUUUUAAAAUGCAAUAAAAAGAAAACAUUUAAACUACCAUUUGUAUAUUUUUUGAUUAUAUUUGUAGGGAAGAUCAAGCCGGUUAACACACAAAUAUUUUAAUGUUAAUUGGACUUACAACUAAUAUUAGCUGAAACACAAAAUAUUAGGUAAAGAAGCUUACAAAUGUUACAUUGGUCACUAUGGAAUUACCCAUAGGGUUUUCUUCAAGCAGGACAGCUAUGCCAACCAGCACACUGUGUAUACUUUAGCAUGUGUUGAGGCAUUCCAAAUAUUAACCCUUUGUCCUCUGCAAAGCCAAGAGUCUGCAGUGAAAUGCAACAAGCAAAGUUUCUUUCUCUGGUUGUGCUUUCAGCAUUGUUUCCAUUAUUUGUUGUUUCAAGGCCUAAUGUGUGGCAGUUCACCAUUUAUUACUGAAUAAGUUUUACUAAGGCUUUUGCACAUGAGAAACAUUAUAUGAAAUAUUAACAGAAUAAAUAGUGUUUGGAUUAAGAACACAAAAGCUGCUUUAAUGGAUAUUUAAUGGAUUUUUCCUUAGGAAGAAAAUGACUCCAUUAAUGUAUGCAGCCCGUGAUGGCCAUCCUCAAGUUGUAACUCUUCUUGCUGCUCAUGGAUCAGAAAUAAAUGCCCAGGAUGAACGUGGUUACACAGUAAGUGAGCUUUAUUCUAAGCAACAAGACGGACUUUACUUAUUUCUGAAAUGUGCUUAAUCUUGCAUCAUUCACAAUUUUCUCCCCCCCCCCCCCCGUUUUUUCAUUUGCUUUUGGAGGAGAGAAGGAAAAAUACUUUACUAAAAUGAGGGAGUGCCCGUGACACAAUCAGAUUAUUUCACAUACAUUAAGUUUUUUCUCUUUUUUAAAAAAUUAUUUUUAUUGAGAUUUUCAGUUAAACAGAAAACAAACCGAAACAAACAAUCAAAAACUAAAACAAACACUUUUAACGUUCAUUCUUUGGUACCAUCAUCUUAUUUACAUUGCGUUGGAUCACGCCUCGACUUCCUUCCUAUCCCGUUGCGGUUUUCUUGGUAUACUUCUACUCUUACAGUUUCUGUUCCAAUUAUGUACACGUCACAAGGUUUAUGUUAAGUCUCCUGUAGUUUUUCAAUUUCUACAAUUACUUUCAAUAUAUGUCACAAAUUUACUCCAUUCUUCAAUAAACUUUGUACCUUCUUGGUGUCUAAUUUUAUGUAUCAUUCUUGCUAAUUCUGUGUAUUCAAAUAAUUUUACUUGCCAAUCCAUAACCGUAGGGAUCUCUGUUGAUUUCCAUUUUUGAGCUAUCAAUACCCUGGCCGCCACCGUCGCAUAUUGAAACAAUCGCUGAUCUUCCUUUUUAAUUUCGUCAUCUAUUAUUCCUAACAAAAAUGCCUCCGGUUUUUUUGAAAAAGUAUAUCUGAAAAUUUUCUUUAAUUCGUUAUAUAUAAGCUCCCAAAAUUUUUUCAUUUCCUCACAAACCCACCACAUAUGGUAAAGGUCCCCAUCCUUCUGCUUACAUUUCCAGCAUGCUUUGUUUCCAAUUUUAUACAUUUUCCCCAAUUUUACCGGUGUGAUGUACCAUCGGUACAUCAUUUUCUCCAGAUUUUCCCUUAAUGUGACGCAUGCCAUGAACUUCAUUCCUUUAUUCCAUAGCCUCACCCACUUGUCGUACUCUGUUAUAUCCAAAAUCAAUUGCCCAUUUUACCAUCACCUCCUUUAUCAACUCAUCUUUUGUAUCCCAUUCUAACAAAAAAUUAUACAUCUUAGAUAAAAGUUUGGUUUUUCCUUCUAGAAUUUCUAUCUGAUAUUUAGAUUUUUUCUCAUUCAUCCCCAAUUUUUUAUCUUCAUUCCAAAGUGCAUUUAUCUGGUGAUAUUGUAGCCAACCUGUCAAUCUAUCUUUCAAUUCCUCAUAAGUUCUAAUCUUCCAACCUUUUUCUGUUUUUACCAAUAAAUCUUUGUAUGUUAACCUUUUCCCCUCCAUGUUCAGUUUUUUUAUUGUUAAAAUAUCUACCGGGGAUAACCACCAGGGGGUGUUUCUUUCUAGAAGUUUUUUGUUUUGUCUCCCAAACUUCGUACAGGGCUCCUUUAAAAAUAUGUUUUGAAAAACCUUUGUGAACCUUUUCUUUUUUGAGCCACAAGUAAGCAUGCCAGCCAUAUCUAUUAUUAAAGCCUUCUAAGUCCAACAAGUCCGAAUUUUCUAAAACAAUCCACUCUUUAAGCCAACAUAAACAGGAAGCUUCAUAGUAUAAUCUUAGAUUUGGCACGGAAAACCUGCCUCUUUCUCUCCGGUCUGUAAGUAGUUGAUAUUUAAUUCUUGGCCUCUUUCCCUGCCAUAUGAAUUUUGAAAGAAUUUUUUGCCAUUCCUUAAAUAUCGAAGGCCCCCUGAUUAUCGGAAUAGUCUGAAAUAGGAACAACAUUUUUGGGAGAAUAUUCAUCUUGAUUGCUGCCAUUCUUCCAGACAAUGAAAGCUUUAACCUAUUCCAUAUAUCCAAAUGCUUUUUAAUCUCUUUCCAUGUAGGUAUAUAAUUAUCACUGAUUAAAUUAAUAUUUUUCGAUGUCAACCGGAUACCUAGAUACUUUACUUUUUUAUGACUUUAAUUCCAUAUUUUUGUUCUAAUUGCUCUCUUAUACUCCUAUCCAUAUUUUUAACCAGCAUUUUAGUCUUUAUUUUGUUUAAUUUGAAACCUGAUAAUUUGGCGAAUUCCUCUAAUUGUUCCAAAACCUUACCGACGCUUGUUUGUGGUUCUUCUAAGGAUAACACCAAGUCAUCCGCAUAUGCCUUCAACUUGUACUCCUUGGUACCAAUUUUAACCCCCCGUAUCUCAUCCUGUUUGCUAUUACCUCUAACACCAUUAUGAAUAGUAAAGGGGAUAGAGGGAAGCCUUGUCUUGUUCCCUUCAUAAUAUUAAAUGAAUCUGUCAGAUUCAUUUAAGUUUUUUCUCAGUUAUGAAGAAUUCACGUGUAGUCAGGAUCCAAAGAAGGGAUAUACAACAGAAACCACAUAUAAAAUAGAUUUGCUUAUGUUUUUUUCUUUUUCUGAAGUAAUAAGCUGUUGCUGUUUUUUUAUUGGACCCUGGCUUUCUCUUCAGCCCUGGAAACUCCAUGCUGACACAGAUGGUUGAUUGAUGCAUGAUUUUUUUCCACCUUACUCUGAAGUAGUCUAUUGAUUUCAGGAAUUAAAACAGUUUCAUUAUGCUGAUGCUAGAUCGGGGUGAAUGAUAUAAUCUAACUGAAGAACAGUAUAGUAAAAUUCAGCUAAUCUAGCUGAAUUCCAUGUAAGGAAGAACACAUACUGGUGUGAAUGUUAACUUUUGCAAUCGCAGCUCUGCUCAUGGUUGGACUUUCUCAUCUCUCUUCCUGCCAGUUUCCUAUGGCUCCUGAAAAUCCACCCCAUUUCAAGGAUUGGAGACCCUCCAGAGUAGCUUGAGGUGUGGUACAAGGGACUGUAGCUGAAAGGGGGAAUCAGUCAUGUUUGACUAAGAACUUGUACAGGACAACUCUAGAUUCAAGCCACAGAGCUUUCACUUAUUUAUUUGGAAGAGUAGAAGAGAACAAACAAACAAACAAACAGUAUGUUAAGCUUGAAUAGCAGGCAGGAUUGAACCAAAUGAGACAUUGAUUCAGUGGUAAUUUAUGUUGCAAUUGCUUUCCUUAUCCAGUUUUAAAGUACAUACUACCUAAUACAGACAACUUAAUGCCUUGUUACAGGCAUUAACGUGGGCAGCACGCCAAGGUCAUAAAAAAGUAGUCUUCAAGUUGCUCGAAUUGGGAGCUGAUAAAUCAAUACAGACCAAAGAUGGACUGACAGCAGGAGAGAUUGCAAAGAGCAACAAGCAUUCAGAGGUACUAUUUUGUGUAUGGUGUCAAGACUUGAGUUGAAAUGCUUGUAUUCAUAGGUUGCUUAGCUACAUUAGAGGCAUAGUAAACAUUAGAGCUGGUAUAAUAAUUCAGUGAUAAAAAGCCUUCUAGUCUGUGAAGAGUUAAAGCUAUUCAUGUUGGCUCAUGCACCACAAAGCCAGGAAGUUGGAAACCAAAGCUGAUGCCUUAACGUGUGCUCUGAGAUCAGCAACAGUAUUAUGCAAUAUUGUACAUUGUGGUUGCUUACGCCUUGCUCUCUCUGGAUCCACACAUUUUCCUGGUCUUUCAGACCCCAUUCCAGAUGGGGACCACGGGGUGCCUGGGGCUAACAAAAAAUUCCCACCCCGCCAUGAUCCUGCAUUUUGUUUGCUAUUCUGAAUUUGGUACGGCAACAUGAAGAGAUUUCUACCACCGGGCAUUCUGCAAGAAAUCUAGGGUUGCUUUGUAACCUGAGAUGCUGGGUGAUAAAAUAUGCUGGGUGCUAUGGUAUUGCAAUUGAAAAGAAUUGUCAAGUGGAAGGGUUAAACAGCCUCUUCUAGCACACAACUUUUGUUUGCUUCACAUUGCACUUUCCCAACACUAUUAAACAACAGAAAAAAUGUGAGGGCUCAUGUUUGUGAGCUCAGUUGUCUGCCUUGAUGUUCUAUGUAAGUCCUUGUGAUUACCUUUUCGGGGCAAAAGGAGGAGUGACAUUGGCCUACAAAUGCACUGACAUGCAAGCAGUGAAUUAAUUCCUACCUGUUCAGAUUCAAUAUGUUCAUCACCUCCACACUGCCAAAAUUGCACCUUUUCUUGAUGCUUCUGUAUCUAUGAAACGGGAUUAUUUUCAAAACCUUUUCUCAGUUUUAUGUGCACAUGAUCUCUCACUCUACAUUCUGCACUGCACUCUAGAAUGUUACGACAGUUACAUGCAGCAAAUUUUAAAGUGAAGUUUAUGUUGAGACUUGAGUUCACUUCCCUUCUAUCGGGCACACAGUCGGCAUGCACUCGUGUUGCCUCUUACUAAGUAAAGCUCUUCUGAUUUUCUGUUUAAAAAGAUGGUUCGAUUCUUAGGUUCAUAGAAUUGUAGAAUUGGAAGGGACCUCAACCCUCUGCAAUGCAGUAUAAUACAGGAUGCGUCUUUUAAACGAGGCUCCGUGGAACAUGUGUACUCUGUAUCCACAGAGCCUCUUUUAAAGGACUAAGCCUAUAUAAAAGUGGCAAGGUUUGAACCAUGCCCCUUUAAUUUAAUAUUAGUAUGGUGCAAGUAGUCAUACAGUGCAUGUAGUUGCAUUUCAGCAACAUCAUCUGUAAGACAGACCUUGCUGGUUCUUCUGCCUUCUGUUUUUUAAACAUGCUCUGCCACUUAGUAGUAAUUUCUGAAAUUGCUGUAUAUCUUCAUUCAGAUUUAUGCUUGAGUAAUAUUUCUACCUGUGACAAUCUGAAUUUAUUUCUACUGAUGUGCUAAUUUGGAAAAAGAAACUAGGGUCAACUGCCACAACACAAAGAGGAACAACAUUUGAAGCUGAACAUACUUAGAAGAUUAAUACUGAAAACAUACUGUACACACUUGAUAGAAAAGUGACUUGCUCCAUUUAAAGUAAAAUAAGGCAGCUGAGGGACAGCACACAUCAUUGUCAGUAAAAAAGACUUAGGAGCAAGCAAAAGGAGAUCAGGCGGGGAUGAGGGAAGAAGCAGUCACGGAGAUCAGGCAGGUGGGGUGUGUGCAGAUCAGGUGUGGAGAUGAGGGAAGGAGCAGCCGCUGAGGUAGGAUGGGUGAGGGGAGGAGAGGAAGCAGACUCACCAUUGCAUGGUUUAGGUGAGAGGGGUUGGGGGGAUGCAUCAAGCCACUGUCAGUAGGACAGCCAGUGGUGGCAGCCAACAAAGAUGUAUGUCCCCUGCUGACUGAAAAGAGCUGCUCUGUCUCAGUGCCAGGGGAGCGUAGUGCCAUGGGGCCUUGAAGUGAGGGCAAUCAGCUGCCCUGUUCUCUGUCAGCAUGAGGGGAAGGCAGCGCCUUGCAAUUAGCUGCCCUGUUUUCCCUCAGCAUGAGGGAAGGCAGCUCAGAUCAGCAGCGUUAUCACAGAGGUCACUGUGUGGUAUGAGCAGCGCCUUGAAAUCGGCUGCCUUGUUCCCCUUCACAUGAGGAGCAAUGCAUUGCUGUGUAUUGCCAUGUCAAAAUCAUCAUUGCAGUGUAAUUUCAAAACUGUUUUUGGCUAAUAUAUUGAAAAAUUGCACAGCACUAAAACAGACCAUAAAAUUUGUGAUAUUACCAUUCAAAAAUGGCAAAAAUUUAGUUGGGGAGGCAAGGGAUGGGACUGUGAACCCCCAGGUGCGUUCUGUGGACCCCCAAGAGUCCCCAGACCCCUAAUUGGGAACCGCUGGAGUCUUAACAAGAUAGCCGAGUAGAAAAUUUUCUGCACAUUCUCACUAUUUUAUAUCUGAAUUUCCAGUUGGACUUAACAGUGUAACAGACCUAUUAGUAGUAGUUAUAGGUAGGUAGCCGUGUUGGUCUGCCGUAGUCGAAACAAAAUAACAUAAAUAAAUAAAAAAUUCCCUCCAGUAGCACCUUAGAGACCAACUAAGUUAGUUAUUGGCAUGAGCUUUCGUAUCUGAAGAAGUGUGCAUGCCCACGAAAGCUCAUACCAAUAACUAACUUAGUUGGUCUCUAAGCUGCUACUGGAAGGAAUUUUUGUUUUGUUUUGUUUUGUUUAGACCUAUUAGUAAACAUGAAGAACAAUCUGUCCCUUGAUAUAAUAUUAACAAUUUAUUUUUAAUUAUUCUCUUAGCUUUUUAGCUUACUUUCAUUGAGUAAACACCCUUUCCAAGAAAGAUUCAACAACCUGACUAAAGAAGAGGCUAUUCACAAACUUCUGAAAGCAGUUCCCAAUACAUUUAAAAGCCAGAAAACCAGGUAAAAAAUAGUGAAUACUAAUGUAUUUAACUUUGAAAGUAUUCUGCAAUGAAAACUUUGUCCAUUGGACAGUUUAAACACAGUACAGUACACCGUUUAAACACUUAAUUUAGUUCCCUUUAAAAGCACUUCCAUUUAAAACACAUACUAAAAUUCAAGCUGCAGUCUCUUAGAGCUGCUCUGUUGUUAGAGAGAAGUUCCAGCAGUUAUAUAGCCAUUUGUAUGCCCAUAAAAUGUUUCAGGGUCAUAGAUGUACACUGUUGGUGGGAUGGGUAUCUUUGGCGGGGAGGGGGAGAGGAAUGAUUGAUUCAAGGGCAAGCUUGGCUCUGCAAGAUCCAAGGCCCCUUCAUUCCCCCAACACCUUCCCCUCUCAAAAAGUACGGAAAUUGUUGGAAAUUGCAUAGCUGUUGUCAAUUGGGAGGGAAAUGUGGCUGGAAAUUAGAAUGUAGGUGAUGGGAAACCACCCUAGCUGCUUUGAACUGGCAGGGCAUAGAUUGCCACCAUGGAUUUUGUUUCUUCCGCUGACCUUCCCAAGAGUGCUCUGCUAGUUGAACUUUUUUAUCUGUAGGAUACUGUAAGGUAUUUGUGUAUUGGACUUAGAGUUCACUCAUUCCUUUGCCUCUAAGCAGCUAUAAAAACCAGCUGAUCAGGAAAAUAUUUUUAUUCUUUUAGCAGAGAUAUAAAUAAUAACAUGUAUUUGCUUUUUAAAACUUAUGGUGCGAUUAAAAAGACCCAUUGCAUGAAGGAUGCGCAAAUUAGCUAUUGAUAAGGGGUUUUUUUGCCUCUGCAUUUUUAUACUAGAACUGAAUUUAAAUCAAUAUUUUUAAUCAAUAUUUGAAAGGCAGCAACAGAAUAUGUGUCAUUUUAUUUCUUAGAUUUGCUCCUGUUAUUUAUACUUUUAUAAUAAUCAACCAAUAUAUUUAUAGUUCUUAUUCAGCCUUUGGUGACCUGGAGGUGUUUUUACAAGGCCUUGAGCUUGAACACUUAACAGAGGUCCUGAAGGUAAGCUUUGAAAGCUCUGAAAACGUAUAUGGAUAAUGGCCUUGGAUCUAAUAGCGUCACGGGGCCUCUGGAUUGGGUACUGACUCCAGGUUGAUUGUGAGAUAGGAGCAAGGAAAAUGGGCAAUUAGAUUUUUGCUCCUGAUUGACCAAAGCAGUCAUGUCAACUUUAGCUCUCAUUCUUCCUACUUCUACUCAGGGUAGUUUCUUGCAUUUUAUUAAAGCUAUGAGAUAUGAGGUGGUGUCCAGUUGGGUUGUGUCUCCCUGACAGAAGGUACCAGUCAACAGAAUGAAAAAGGAUGCAAUUUUUGGCUAUUUCCCCCACCCACUUGCUCCCUCUUCAGAGCAGGUUUGGGGUGGGGGAGAGUGUGAGGUUGCAAGGGGAGGAAGAAAUAGCCAAAAAAGUCUUCCUCUCUGUUGUCCUAUUUUGGAGAAUGUGCAUUUAGGCUUCAGUACUACAGUGGUGCCCCGCAAGACGAACGCCUCGCAAGACGGAAAACCCGCUAGACGAAAGGGUUUUCCGUUUUGGAGGCGCUUCGCAAAACGAAUUUCCCUAUGGGCUUGCUUCGCAAGACGAAAGCCCAUAGGGAAAUCUCCGGGACCUCUUUUAAAUGCUAGCGGUGGGGAGCAAAGCCUUCCCCCCUCCGGCCUUCAGAAGAGGUCCAGGAAGGCUGGCGGGGGCCGAAGGCUUUGCUCCCCACCGCCAGCAUUUUAAAAGCAGUCCGGGAUAGCAGGGAGCGCUUCCCGCUAUCCCGGACGGCUUUUGAAGGCAGGAGAGGUCCGCGAAGCCUGGGCGCGCUGAUCUCAGCGCGCGCAGGCUUCGGCAUGCCGGCAACUCGCCGCAAGCAGCGGCAGCGCUGCCGCUGCUCGCGGAGAGGUCCGCGAAGCCUGGGCGCGCUGAUCUCAGCGCGCGCAGGCUUCGGCAUGCCGGCAACUCUCCGCAAGCAGCGGCAGCGCUGCCGCGGCUCGCGGAGAGGUCCGCGAAGCCGGGGCGCGCUGAUCUCAGCGCGCGCAGGCUUCGGCAUGCCGGCCACUCUCCGCCAGCAGCGGCAGUGCUGCCGCUGCUUGCGGAGAGGUCCGCGAAGCCUUGGCUGGACAGCUUUGGGAAGGCAGGCAGGGGGGACAAAGACUUUUGCCCCCCGCCAGCCUUCAGAAGAGGUCCAGGACCUCUUCUGAAGGCUGGCGGGGGCAAAAGUCUUUGUCCCCCUGCCUGCCUUCCCAGGGGCUUUAAAUUGCCCCGGACAGCGGAGAAGUCCUCCGCUGUCCCGGGCAAUCUUAGAAUGCCGCCCGCCAGCAUUUUAAGAUCGCCCCGGACAGCGGAGAAGCCCUCCGCUGUCCCGGGUUUUUAAAUGCUGGGGUGGAGUGGGAAGAAAAGCCCUUGUCCCCCCAGCCUUCAGAAGAGGUCGGGGGACAGACUGUCCCCGGACCUGGUCUGAAGUCGGUUUCCUAGGAACGCAUUAAUUGAUUUUCAAUGCAUUCCUAUGGGAAACCGUGCAUCGCAAGACGAAAAACUCGCAAGAAGAAAAAACUUGCGGAACGAAUUAAUUUCGUCUUGCGAGGCACCACUGUACACCCACUUGAGGCACAUUGAACUUAUGACUGAAAAGAUACGUUGUAGGAUUGUGCAGAAUAUUAACCUAGAUUUGUGCUUUAUGUUUUAUCCACUGUAAAUAUCCUUAAAAGGUUUUGAUAUUUUGUUGGGUUUAUUGACCUGGGUGAAGGCAUAUGGGAGGGUGGAUUAUUACAUUCUGAUUUACAGUGUUUCCUCUGAUAAAAUAUUUUUGUUUCAUACAGGAGGGAGAAAUUGGUUUAAGGGAGCUUUUGACCAUGGAAAACAAGGACUUUACACAGGUUGGCUUAAUGCAGAUGUUUCUAAUUUUUCACAUCACACAUUUUUAAUAUUGAUGUACAUUUUAAUUCGUGAGAAUAGUGAUGGUGCAGAAACUGCCUUCUUGUCUGAUGGACCCAUUAUUGGUCUCAUCUACACAAUCUGCCGGAGCCUGUCUUCUCAUGUAGUGGGAAUUCCUAACUCACCUAGGGUUUGAGACCCAUCAGCUUGCCUCAUCUGGUUUAGCUGGCCAGUCGAAGCCGCUUCAGGGGUGUGGCUGCUGUCGCAUGUUAGCAGCUUGUAGGAGCCACAGGUGAGAGCUGAGUGCAGGGUAGGGACCAAAGCUACCCCAGAAGGAGAGCGAUGUGGUCCCCCUCUAGAGGUACCACCCUUCCCCUUAUACCCCAUACACCCCAAGGGAAGUGGGGGCAUAUGAGGCUUGUCAACCUGGGAAGGUAGCCCAUCUAGGAGAAGGAAAACUCUGAUCCUAAACCUCCGCUGUCUUGUGUGAUACCUUUGGGUUUAGAAAAAUUCUAAGGAGUAAACCCUACCCAAAUAUGUAGUGGAGUCCCUAAGAAGGUUGGAUGGUGUCUUGUAUGCUUCUUUCCGGCAACUCCUGUAGCCAAGCUGGUGCUUUCCUUUGGACCACAUCAGCGAGCCUGAUAGGAAGGUCAUUGCCUGGGCAGCCCAGGACCUCCAUACACACUGCCUAGGCUUGCACCCCAGGGAGGUCACUUCAGUGCUGCUAAUGCAGCCGUUUGACCUCACCCCCUCCAUUGUCUCUCGGGGCAGAUGGAUGCCAACAUCAAAUGUGAUGGCAUUUGUGCAAGGAGGUACUUUGAAUUCCUUUUUGGUGUUCCCUUCAGGGAAGAAAUCAUCUUGUCUACAUGGUGUAACAUAAAUCAGUACAGUGGUACCUCGGGUUAAGUACUUAAUUCGUUCUGGAGGUCCGUUCUUAACCUGAAACUGUUCUUAACCCAUGGUACCUCGGGUUACAUACGCUUCAGGUUACAGACUCUGCUAACCCAGAAAUAUUACCUCGGGUUAAGAACUUUGCUUCAGGAUGAGAACAGAAAUCGUGCUGCAGCAGCGUGGCGGCAGCAGGAGGCCCCAUUAGCUAAAGUGGUGCUUCAGGUUAAGAACAGUUUCAGGUUAAGAACAGACCUCCGGAACAAAUUAAGUACUUAACCCGAGGUACCACUGUAUUAGCGCAUAACCAUGUGCUUAAGUGUUCAUCUAUAAACAAUUUUAUAACUACAAGGUUAUAAAGCUCUCUGUUAAUUGUUUGGAAAUAAUAUGAGCUGAAUGGUGAAUAUGAAUUCAACCAAGGAAUUUCAGGUGUUACCUGGAAAAGAGGCUUAGGGAGCAAUCCAACCCCCCAUUGACAAGUUUGGUGUGGAGUGGUUGGAUUAGUCAGACACUAACGUCACUGCAAAGGCAGAGCUCGCCUUCUGCCUGCCAAACAUACAAGGGGGUAGAAGUGCUUUAGGUAGGAUCCUCAGCAGCAGAAAGCCCCCAAAUAGGGUGUUCCGAGGGGGAGUGGCUAGACCAGUCCUGCUGCUACAUCGUGUGACUUCAUCAAGGCUAAUGUGGGCCCGAAUGCUGUACCAGCCGCAGGCAUGCCCACCUACUCACUAUGGCCUCUGUGCACAGCAGGGCUGCAGGUGUAUUGGUCCUGUCUCCGGCCAGCCAAAUCCACCAACCAGGCACAAAGAGGGUUUGGAUUCCAGUGCCUUUUACAAAAAGAUUCCCCCCCCAAUCAAAUCACUUCAUCAAAAGACCAAGCAGAUGCUUCUUGUUUUGUGUAGUAGUUGAGUUUUUUCUUUGGAAAUUAGUUGAAGUUUUAACUUACAGCUUGAAAUUACAAAUAAAUACCUUGGAAGAUAUGGAUUUGCCCUAUAUGUAUAACAUUUAUUGAACCUAGCUUGGUGAGAUUGUAAUACAGUUAGAGGAUGCUCAGCCCUAAGAUACUGAAACUUGUUCUUCCAUGAUGUAGCCUUCAUCGACUUAAUACCAAGCUUUUUUAGUUUUUAAAAUCCUGUUUUAUUCUAAAUUUCUCUGUUUAGAUAUUGUGAUUUUUUUUUUGUUUUAGCUUGGAAUUACAAAUACCAGAGAUCAGCAGAAAAUCUUAGGUGCUGUUAAAGAAGUGCAGAUAGAAAAAGUAAAGUUGGAAGAGUUGUCCAGAGUCGUGAAUUUGGAACUCAGGUAAAGCAGAUUGAUGGAAAUACAAACACACACACUCUUUCGUAGUAGUACAGGCGACAAGCAUGUGUUGUGUUCCAGAACCCUGCUCACAUAAGUGAAAAUUGCGUAAGUGGGGAGCACUCUCUAAACACCCUUUAAAUGCCCUCUAUGUAGCAUUCUGUCCAAUUCAGAUAGUAAAUACCGUACAAAAAAUAUCCAUAACUAGAAUUGAAGCGGGCAGGCAGGAGGCUGGAGGACAUGCAGGAAAGCAGUUGCUGCUGCUGUGAUACUGCACGCACCAGCUGUUAUUUGGGGAAGCUGCGCAGCCUGAACAAAGCCUCCCUGCGCCUUCAGUCUCUUCCCUGCCCUCACUGAAGUCCUCUUCAGACUCUGGAGUGUCUCCUUGCGAGCCAUGAAGACUCUUUAGCUCUCUCCCUCCAUUUCUUGGUGUGGAUUACAUUAUUUAAUUCUUUCCCAGCACUGCGCAUAUGUGCAGUUGCACACAUGGGUGUGUGUGUGCCUGUAGUUGAUUGGUUUUAUUUUUCUGUGGCACCAUGGCCAUUACAAAACAUACUGCUGGGACAAAUACCUACAAACACAAAUGAGUAGUGAAUCUAAACUCCUGCUGGGACAGACACAAGGUGAGCGAAAUAUAGGAGGGUGGAAACACAUCAAAAUCCUUGCUGUGGGUGUGGGAAAUGUAAUAUUACAGCCCCCCAGAUUUGUACAGUUGUAAAGUUCCCCAGCGGCAGCCAUAGAAUGAUGAGUUUGGUCAUAUAGUUAUUCCUCAUUUUAAGAGCAAAUCUACUGUUUGCAUACCUGUUUCACCUUACUUCUGUUUUUAAAAUUACUACGUGUUAGAGCAGGGAUGAGGAGCCUCAAGCCCAGUAACUCUAUCCAGCCCUCGGGAUUCUUUCUUUGGGAAAAGGCUGUGCCCAUCUGGUUACCUUCCCUUUGCUCAGGCCAUGUCUCUAACCAGCCUUGCUGUGAUCACACCUCAUAUGCUUUUUUUAAAAUAAGUUUUUAUUGAUUUUCUUUUCUAUCAUUACAAACACCUCAUGUGCUUUUUGGCUGGCUAGAAUGCAUCCUUGAACUGUGAGAGAUGUGUGGGUUUAGGAUGUAGAGCGUUUUGUGUGUGUAUGGAAACCUCUGGCUUGUGUGGCUAGAAUAUAACCUUUACAAAGGGUAAGAGUUAUGCCCCCUUUUUGCCUCUGGCUAUACCCACUGCCAGCAUGUGGCCCCCUAGAGGCACCUAUGAGGGAGUGUGGCCCUUGGGCUAAAAAGUGUUCCCCACCCCUGAAAUAGAGUAUUAACUGUUUCUGUAUAACUGAGUAUGUAACUAUUGUCUCACUUCAUUUUUACAGUGGUGACGAGUUUCUUUCUUUCCUUGUGAAACUAAACAAACAGUGUAUGCACCUUACAGCUGCUGUGCAGAGUGCGGUUAAUCAGUUCCCUACAGAUGCUCACAAGGUGAGCAUAUGGUACUGUUAAUAUUUUUUUAAUAUAAAAUAGCAAACAUAUGCUUACAGUAUAUGUGACCAAAAUGGAUCUAUAAUAUAUUGAAGGUCCACUUUAGAUUUAAGCCUGACAUAAUUAUAGUCCUCUUUAAACAAGCCCUCUUCUGUUUAAAGCAAUGAAACACAGUUAGAGAAGCAACUUUCUCUUUUUACGUUUGGUGCUGGAGGUAUCCCGCAGUGGGUCAAUGCCCCUUCAUCUAGCCCAUAAUACGAAGUUCUAAUACUUAACUCCAAGAGUUGCAGCGCUCGUGGGAGCAGCACACUUACUGUACUUGGCUCUUCCUAGUUAAAGAGCUUCACCUACUGCUUGACUUCCAUUCUCACUUUAAAUUAUUCCUUAGAGGAGCCAGCAUGCUAAACCAACACAUAUAACAGCUUUCCCUUACUGGAAUCUGCAUAGUCAUUUGAACAGCUGAGGACUCUAAUACUGAGACUCAUAUCCCUAAAGAUAGAGUUCCUGGUGGCCAUCAAAUCAGCCAGAAGGGUAUUGGAAUUCACCUUUCCCAGCUAUGCAAUUGAACCCUUCUUUUAUCUCCUAGAUCAGGCAUCCCCAACCUGCGGCCCUCUAGAUGUUUUGGCCUACAACUCCCAUGAUCCCUAGCUAACAGGAGCAGUGGUCUGGGAUAGUGGGAAUUGUAGUCCAAAACAUCUGGAGGGGCGAAGGUUGGGGAUGCCUGUCCUAGAUAAAGGCCCUAUUUCAUAGGUUACAGGAGUUAAGCUCUUGUUCCAAGUCUUCCCAUCCCUCUGAGCAGGCUGGACUUGUAUAGAGAGCGUAUUAAACGUAUUGUUUGUUUCAGACACUGCAACCUUACAUAUUUUCACUCCAAAUCCCCAAGAGAAAAGAGUUGCCCAUACAUAACACCUGCCAACACUGCUACAUAUCAUAGCUCACUUCUCCAGAGCAAUAGGGACAUCCACAGCUCUUUCCGCAAUCACCUCUGUCAGAGGUAUGUCAGCCCACCACAGUGGUUCACAGCUAGUACAUUUAGUGAGCAGUACAAAAUACUGUAGACUGCACCAUGGCAGACUUUGGGAGGAGAGUGUUCCAGCAUGUUCUCCCAACUUCCUAAAUCAGCUGCUUCCCCCUUAGAAUGCAGCUAGGAAUCAACCAAAUGUUUAAUAUCUCCUAUGACAAACAUAGAAUGGAGCAUUGGCUACUCACCAAGAUGGUUCUUUCUGGUUUGACAUAUGGAAGUAUCCAAGAUUAGUCUAUGUUCUCAGUGGCUGAUAUAAACAAAACACGACACUGGUAUUGGGCCUAACCUGGCACUAUUUUUAACACAUUCAUAGGGCCAGCAUUGAUUUACCCAUUGCAGUUUGCAGCAUUAGACUUCUUUUGAGGGUCACUUGAUUCCUUGUCUUCCUGAGCCAGUGCAAAUAUAUUAAUCCAUACUAAGUCAUUGCUGGAAUACCUCUGUACACAUCAGAGAACUCUUGUAGGGCACAACCAAUUUUCCAUUCCAUAUUUGUUCAAAUAAUUGUUAAUUUACUGUUUUGCCAUUAUAACAGACAGAUGGUAUUAAGAUAUGUUCGCAAUGAUACCAGUAAACGCCCCCCCCCGAAAACCAACUAACAAAAAACAUGCUUUGUGUAGCUGAUCAGAAAAAUGCUGCUCUAGUUGUGUAUAAACUACAUUUCAGAUAAGUAAUGUUAUAUUUCUUGUUAGUUGGUUCUUGAAUGGAGUCCACCUCAGAAGCUUGCUAAUGUUUGUGGGAAGCUUGUUUCCAGUGCUGAGGAUCUGACUGGAGAAGCUACCAAACUGAAAAGCCUCAUGGAAAAGGUAUGCAUGUUGUAAGACACAUAAUGCAUUCAAAACCAUUACCAAAAUAUGGGCAACUUUUCUAGUACAUGUUGAUUCACGCAGUGUGAUAAACCAUAAGAUUGCCAUUGAAUAGUAUAUUUGAAUUGUAGAUCAAAUGUUUGUCAAUCCCAAUCAUCAAUAUAGGAGGGGGGGGAAUAGUGGAAAGGGAUAGAAAUGAGGGUCAUUAUUACCAUAUUUUUUGCUCUAUAAGAUGCACCAGACCAUAAGACGCACCUAGUUUUUGGAGGAGGAAAACAAGAAAAAAAAAAUUCUGAAUCUCAGAAGCCAGAACAGCAAGAGGGAUAGCUGUGCAGUGAAAGCAGCAAUCCCUCUUGCUGUUCUGGCUUCUGGGAUAGCUGUGCAGCCUGCAUUCACUCCAUAAGACGCACACACAUUUCCCCUUACUUUUUAGAAGGGGAAAAGUGAGUCCUAUAAAGCAAAAAAUACGGUAAAUAUAAUUGGCUUAUUUUGAAAUCUGGAAGUUUCACAAACCUGUGCUCUGAAUUGCUGGAGGGCUGCUCAUAGCAAAAGUCCAUUAUCGUAUAGUUCCCGUUGUGCGCCUUGAAUUGAUAAUUUGGUUUAUAUUUUAUAGGUCCCUUAAAGCACAAAUUGUUAAUUACAUGAGGGUUUAAUCAGCAAAAUUUUAAUGCUGUUUGGAGGGGGGGACUUUUGAAAGCUUUCUCUUUCGGUUUUAGUUCAUUAAGGUUUGUCCUGCUAUUGGUUGUGACAAAUUGCCUAUUAGUGUUUAAACUCAAAUUUCCAACAAGCCAAAACAUGAUUCUUGAAGAAAGUUGGUGUGUAGGUGGGUAGAAGUGGAAGCAUGUGGAAGUUGGAAGCUAAGUGCAUCUUUUUACCCCUCCAUCCUGCCAGGUUGUUUUGGUUUUUCAUUUGAGAAUUGAGACUGAGAAAGUUGUUCCUAUGGCUUCAGUAUCUGCAGAGCAAACUUAAAACUAUCUAAAGAGCAGAUGGAACUGCAUUAGCAUGAUAGUAGUUUAGAUGGCAUGAGUGGACAAAUCCCACAAGAAGGGAAGAAAUAGUUUGGUUACUGAAUGGUUCUUUUUGCCUGGACUCUGGCAUUUUGUGUAUUGUAUGUUUGCUUAUUCUCUCUUGGUUGUUUGUAAUUAUUUAAUUUGCUGUAAUUAUCGGAGGUGAUUUUGUUUUAUUGUUUUGUUAUCAUGUAGCAACAUGUGAAAAUGGUUUGUGAAGUUUUGUUAAUUUGUUUUUAGUUGUACUUUGAAUUGUUACAUAAUGGCAAGGCUGUAAUUUUGCCAUUACUAUGGGUUGUAAAUUUCUGAGUACAGCAGAGCUUUCCAAACUUUUCAUGUUGGUGACACGCUUUUUAGACGUGCAUCAUUUCGCAGCACAGUUUUACUAGCAAAUUGGAGGUUAAACUAACCCUUCCAGCCCUGGGAGCAGCGUGGGGAGUGUUCAUGCGACACACCUACACACUGCAACUGACAUACUAAUGUGUCGUGACACAGUUUGGAAAGCUCUGGAGUACAGUAAUGUAGGAAUACAAUAUUCAAAUAAAAAAUGAAUUGGUUGUAACCACAAUUCUGGGUCCAAACAACAUAGCAAACUGGGGCAAGCGAGACCCAAGAGUAAAAGUCAAGAGUAAUCUUCUGGCUGCUCCAGGGAGGGGAACACCCAAACCCAAGGCUCACUGCAUCUUGGGUUUGUUGCAGUAAGUUAUUGUUUAGAUUUGAGAGCAGCCUCUGCAUAUAUAUGCACUGCUAUUGUUUAAACCACAUUCUUAGAAGUAUAAAUUUCUAAAUUUAAAGUAUAGUGUACUGUGGUGUAGACAUCUAACAUUCUCUUUUCACCCAACUCCAUGUAUUUUAUCAGCUUCAUGACGGACAGAAAGAUGAUCCUUGCCGAAUACAACCUUGGGUGGAAAAACGCUGGUGGAAGAAGCCUUUUGUUAAAAUAGUAGCAGUAACGUUGGUUGGGUCUGGUUGUGCCAUCUUUAUCAUGAAGUUAACUUUAAGGAAGAGCUGAGCUGGGAGUCAUACAUAAAACAACUUUUAAAUAUAUUUUCCAACAUCUUGAAGUACAGCUAAAUCUGUUAUUUGUAUUAACUUUCAUGGUUUCAGGAGUGUCAGUUUUAUAAUAGUAAAAGCAUUGUAAUUUCCA